AUUAUAGUGUUUCUUAUAUUUAAUUUGUCAUUUUUUGUUUCAGUAACUCAGUUUAAUUAUUUUUGAGUGUAAGAACAAAGAUGUGUAUCAGUGUCCCCCACAAUGCUUGGUAGAGUGUCUUGCUCACAGUUACCAUUCAGUAUUUUAAAAUUUGAUUGUAUUUGAUAGAUUUUUAUUUGCUUUAUCAAUGUGCCUUAGCUAUAACCAUGUUCACACCAUUUGUUUUGUCAACAACAGAGGGUACCGUUAGGGUAUUUGUACACCCAAGAAAGAAUCCUAUCCCGGUCCUAGGUAUCUUUCUUGAGCCACAUUUUCCUUUUGCCAAGUAGUGUCAUAGAAAUUUGUCUACUGUACUAAAUCAGAAUGGCUCAGUCAUAAUUAUAAAGCCAUACUGACUUCAGGUUAUUUAUUUAAAAAAGAGUAAGUACUGUCGUAUUUUGAUCCUUUGUAGUUUCCAAACUUUUUCUCUCUCUUUAGUCUUCUCAAUAUUCUUUGCUCAAAUGAAGUCCUACCGAGUAUCAUACUAUAUUAAUGAAACACCCUCCUUUCCUUAAGGGAGAAAACAGAAGAGGAGAGCAGUAAACGGGAGCCCCACCUUUGUAUUUCUCCUCCUUUCUCACCCCCAUCCAGAGUACAGCUUCAACAUCACUAUAACUCAUCUGAUUUAAAAGUGCUUUCUAAAACAGUGAUUGUGAAAUUCAUUUAGGAACUUAGUAUAAAGAUAGAAAUAUUUAGUUUUACAGUGAUUUUUAAGUACAAAGGAAAAUGCUGUGGAAUACAUUUCUUGUUUCAGCAAUAAAAGAGUUAAUGUACUAAGCAGCAGAGACAGACACUGCAACGGGAUAGUGCUUUCUGUCUCUGUCAUUUGUGGUUUAAGAAAAGGGGGUGGUGUUCUGCAUUUAAAAGGACUUUAAUGAAUGCUGUCUGUGUUUGUGAGAGCUAAUGGUCAGUAAGGGAAAGGAGAGCAGGGGAAAGUCUAGCUGCUUCAGGAUAGGUGGAUGAGAGUUUGCUCUGAUUGAACGGAAUGUUCCACCGUGUUUCCUCUUUUUUUCAUUGUCCUUUGUUCUUUAUAAUCUGAUAUAUUGGUAUAAAAGUAAAUGUAGAUAUAUAUGUGAAUGUGAUUUAUUUUCCUUUCAAUUUGUUUAUUGUGUACAGCAGGGCAUAUACUUCUCUUGUCUUGGUUGGAUGCACAAAUCUGUGUGCAGUGCUUUUUGCCCGUUGCCUAGACGAUCACUUGGUUUCUCUGAGGAUGUCUGGUUCUCGUAAAGAGUUUGAUGUGAAGCAGAUUUUGAAAAUCAGAUGGAGGUGGUUUAGCCAUCAAGCAUCAUCUCCUAAUUCUACAGUUGACAGCCAGCAGGGAGAAUUUUGGAAUCGAGGACAGACUGGAGCGAACGGUGGGAGAAAGUUUUUAGAUCCAUGUAGCCUGCAAUUGCCUUUGGCUUCAAUUGGUUACCGAAGGUCCAGCCAACUGGAUUUUCAGAAUUCACCUUCUUGGCCAAUGGCAUCCACCUCUGAAGUCCCUGCAUUUGAGUUUACAGCAGAAGAUUGUGGCGGUGCACAUUGGCUGGAUAGACCAGAAGUGGAUGAUGGCACUAGUGAAGAAGAAAAUGAAUCUGAUUCCAGUUCAUGCAGGACUUCCAAUAGUAGUCAGACAUUAUCAUCCUCCCAUACUAUGGAGCCAUGUUCAUCAGAUGAAUUCUUCCAAGCCCUUAAUCAUGCUGAACAAACAUUCAAAAAGAUGGAAAACUAUUUGAGACACAAACAGUUAUGUGAUGUAAUUUUAGUUGCUGGUGAUCGCAGAAUUCCAGCUCACAGAUUGGUGCUCUCCUCUGUCUCAGAUUAUUUUGCUGCCAUGUUUACUAGUGAUGUCAGGGAAGCAAGACAAGAAGAAAUAAAAAUGGAAGGUGUAGAACCGAAUUCCCUAUGGUCCUUGAUUCAGUAUGCAUAUACAGGCCGCCUGGAAUUAAAAGAAGAUAAUAUUGAGUGCCUGUUAUCUACAGCUUGCCUUCUUCAGCUUUCACAGGUUGUAGAAGCAUGCUGUAAGUUUUUAAUGAAACAGCUUCACCCAUCCAACUGUCUUGGAAUCCGUUCUUUUGCUGAUGCUCAAGGUUGUACAGAUUUGCAUAAAGUGGCUCACAAUUAUACCAUGGAAAAUUUCAUGGAAGUAAUUCGAAACCAGGAAUUUGUAUUAUUACCAGCCAGUGAAAUUGCAAAGCUCUUAGCCAGUGAUGACAUGAACAUUCCUAAUGAGGAGACAAUAUUGAAUGCACUUCUUACUUGGGUUCGUCAUGAUUUGGAACAGAGACGGAAAGAUCUCAGUAAACUUUUGGCUUAUAUUAGGCUACCUCUUCUUGCACCACAGUUCCUAGCAGACAUGGAAAAUAAUGCACUUUUUCGAGAUGAUAUAGAAUGUCAGAAACUAAUUAUGGAAGCAAUGAAGUAUCACUUACUACCAGAGAGACGGCCCAUGUUACAGAGUCCUCGGACAAAACCAAGGAAGUCAACUGUUGGUACAUUAUUUGCAGUUGGAGGAAUGGAUUCAACAAAAGGAGCAACAAGCAUCGAAAAGUAUGAUCUUCGUACAAAUAUGUGGACUCCUGUAGCAAAUAUGAAUGGGCGGAGGCUGCAGUUCGGCGUUGCAGUGUUAGAUGACAAACUGUACGUGGUUGGAGGAAGAGAUGGACUGAAGACUUUGAAUACUGUAGAAUGCUACAACCCUAAAACAAAAACUUGGAGUGUGAUGCCUCCUAUGUCUACACAUAGGCAUGGCCUUGGCGUGGCUGUACUGGAAGGUCCCAUGUAUGCAGUAGGAGGGCAUGAUGGGUGGAGCUAUCUGAAUACAGUGGAAAGAUGGGACCCUCAGGCGCGCCAGUGGAACUUUGUUGCUACUAUGUCCACUCCCAGGAGCACAGUUGGUGUGGCUGUACUAAGUGGAAAACUUUAUGCAGUUGGUGGUCGUGAUGGAAGUUCCUGUCUCAAGUCAGUAGAAUGUUUUGAUCCUCAUACUAAUAAGUGGACACUGUGUGCACAAAUGUCAAAAAGGAGAGGGGGAGUAGGAGUCACUACCUGGAAUGGAUUGCUGUAUGCCAUUGGAGGACACGACGCGCCUGCGUCCAACUUGACUUCCAGGCUGUCUGACUGCGUGGAGAGAUAUGAUCCUAAAACAGAUAUGUGGACUGCAGUGGCUUCUAUGAGCAUCAGCAGAGAUGCUGUGGGGGUCUGUUUACUUGGUGAUAAAUUAUAUGCUGUUGGAGGGUAUGAUGGACAGACUUACCUUAAUACAGUGGAGGCUUAUGAUCCCCAGACAAAUGAGUGGACCCAGGUUGCUCCACUGUGCCUCGGAAGAGCUGGAGCUUGCGUUGUGACUGUGAAACUAUAACUUAGUGCUUGUUUUCUAAAUGAAGAUAUCGUCUUCCUUUAUGAAUUUAGUGUAAUUAUUCUACUAUCAAUGGAUAUGUUUUUAGUAAAUUUGCAACGCCACAUUCCUGGGCACAAAGUGCCUGAUCUCCAAGUGAAGAUGUUAAAACACAGGAGGAAAGAGCAGAAGAACCAGGAUUAAAAACUUUCACUUCUUAGGAAAUCAAAACUGCAUCUGGUGGACUGUGAAUGUAUGUUCCUGACGUAAAAAAUAGGACGACAAAUGCAGUGCUCCUGACACAGCCCAGGGUUAACUGGGGAUUUCAUGUCAUUUAAUAAUCAGCCACACUUUACUGAUACUGUAAUCCGGAUUUCUUUUAUUACAGUGCAAAUACAUCUGAUAAAACUUCUAAUGUAUUGCUUUGUAACUUUAUCAUACAUGAGUUGUAGUAAUUUUUGUUCAUUUGUUUGCUUAACCACAACCACUGUUUUAAUGAUAUACUAAAGACUAUGCAUUUAGUUUUUUUCAGGAAUAGCUGAAUUUUCUGUGCUUUGGUUGUGGAGUUUUAUUUCUAAAGUUUCUAAGUGAAUCAAUUUAAUGAACAUUAAAGAGUUAGAACAAUGACCAAAUGAAAGUUUGUUUUGAUCUUUGGGAUCUAUUUAAAUAUUCAUUCCAUCUAGGUACAUCUAGAACUCCAUAUCAUGAUCUUCUUCCUUUGGAACUGAAACAAGGUGUUUUACAUUAAAUUCAAGAUAUGCAAAUUUUGUGGAGAAAAUAAAUGCUAUAUACCCUCUAAUGUUCUUUCACCCAAGUAGUAUUUAAUUAUAUGGAUUUGUUUUCUUUUAUAUUAUUAAAAAUGGUUUGAUUUUGUCUUUUUAUAUCAGAGAACUGUUUGGAUAUUCUUAUGUUCUCAAGUCUGUGUUUGCCUCUCCUGCCUUGUUUCUUAUCUUUUGCCAGAAUUAGUAACCCUUUGUGCAUCUUUGUAAUCAGUUUGGGGGGGGUGGGCUUAUUGAAUGUUUGGAAAAUGAGUUUAAAGUGUUUAUUACCCCAAAUUUUGUACAUUUGUAAACUCUUAAUUACACAUGUGAAUGUUAA